GCAGAAAGCGCUUGGAGUUCUCGGCUGAGUAGAAAGGCGGUAUAAAAAAAAUCAAUGUAUUUACGGUUCAGCUCAUUAAAUUUUUUUAUUGUGUAAACCAAAUGCAGAGACUUCCGCUUCGACUGCUGAUGGCUAACUUUACGCAGAGUGUUUAAAAGCUUGGGGCGUGUGCUGACCGCAGGUCAUUUCCAAACUUGGAGGUUUGUUGUUGUGUCUUGGAAACAUUCGUCAACAGUAAUCAUGGUUCGUCAAGUGAAGAAUCUGGUAGAGUUCAAUAACAUCCUGAAGGAAGCUGGAAACAAGCUGGUGGUGGUGGACUUCACAGCCACUUGGUGUGGCCCCUGCCAAAGGAUUGCCCCAGUGUAUGAGGUACAUGCUGUCAAAACUAAAACGACUCUGAACUCUUGCAUCUGCAUGUCGAUCUGUGCUUCCACAUUAUUUCUGUCCCUCACACAUUACAAUAACCUGUAUAUUGGGAUGGCUCAUGAGCCAGAGGAGUCACUAUGCUACACUCAUCUGAUGUAUUUGCUUCUCUUUCAGGAUGUGUCCUCAUCCUGUGGAAUCAGAUCCAUGCCCACGUUCCAGUUUUACAAGAAUGGCCAAAAGCUCCACGAGUUCUCCGGAGCUGAUCAAGCUACACUACUUAAAAAAGUAGAAGAGCUGAGAUAAGAAGUCCAGUCAACACACGGCCAUGUUGCAAAAAACAAAAAUGCCUCACAUUACGAUCUGUACAUGAUUCAUGAGCAUGAAGUCUAUCUUUCACAGGCAAUAAUAUAUCUACAUAUCCUUUAAUAUUGACAUAGCUUUCCUGUCUUAACAAAAUAUGAUGCUGAUAACUUUUAACUUUGUUUUUCUGAAAGUUUGACUUUGAUCCCAAACUGCUUUGUAUGUUUUGUGUUCAACAAAGUACAUACAAUAAAUGGAUUACAUCAAA